CGGUGCGGGGCCGGUUUCCGCCCCAGUGCAGCUGGGCGGCCGCCGCGGGGUCGCUGCCGGGGCUGGCUGCGGCAGCGCCGUCGCUCUUCAGCUGCGUAGCUCUCCCGGCGCGGCCCUUCCCGUCUCCUCAGGCCCGGCGGCGGCGAUGGGUUCCCGGGCGUCCACCCUGCUGCGGGACGAGGAGAUCGAGGAGAUCAAGAAGGAGACGGGCUUCUCCCACAGUCAAAUCACCCGCUUGUACAGUCGUUUCACCAGCCUAGACAAAGGAGAAAAUGGCACUCUUAGCCGUGAAGACUUCCAGCGUAUUCCAGAGCUGGCCAUCAAUCCACUGGGAGACAGAAUUAUCAAUGCCUUCUUUCCAGAAGGGGAGGACCAGGUGAAUUUCCGUGGAUUCAUGAGGACACUAGCCCACUUUCGACCCAUAGAAGAUAAUGAAAAGAGCAAAGACCAGAACGGACCAGAACCAUUGAACAGCCGAAGUAACAAGCUCCACUUUGCUUUUCGGUUAUAUGAUCUAGAUAAAGAUGACAAGAUUUCCAGGGAUGAGCUUCUUCAGGUGUUACGGAUGAUGGUUGGUGUAAACAUUUCAGAUGAGCAGCUGGGCAGUAUUGCUGACAGGACAAUCCAGGAAGCUGAUCAAGAUGGGGAUAGUGCCAUCUCCUUUGCAGAGUUUGUUAAGGUUUUGGAGAAGGUGGACGUGGAGCAGAAAAUGAGCAUUCGGUUUCUUCACUGAUGGAUGGAGACCCUAUUCCUUUCUACCCCUACUAUAUAAUGAAUAGAACUUAAUUUUCUCCUUUGCACCUUCUCCCAAAGCAGUGCUACUGGUGCAUAUACAUCUCCAGCCUCUCCCUGGUUUGUUCUACCAAUGUGAACAUGCCCUGUGCAUCAGGAACAAAGGGAAAUGGCUGCCAUACAACUUGGAAAGGAGCAUUUUUUUAAAUAGAUCUUUUCCUUCCAUUUUUUUUACCCUCUCCCCCUUGUCUCCUGCACUACCGUUUCAGAAAAAAUAUCUCUCCUUAUGUACUGCUAUUUAAUCUACAAACUGAUUCUUCUGAGCUGAAUCUGAGAAUGGAAAAAUGGAAUGUGCCACAGGAGCGCCCUUUGAGACACUUUGGAGACAAGCAUCUACUCAAACACUAGGUGCAACGAUAAUGAUUCACUUUUGCUUCCAGUAGCAACACCACAUUACAGCUGCCUUUCUUUUUUUCCCAUUUGGCUCUUUAUGAGCAGAUUUUUUUCUUCUCUGCUUCCAAAUCUGCCUUUUACUUGGGGACUUCUCCAUUUCUAUGGCUUGAUUGUACAUUAGCACUGAAUGCAUGAUGAUAGCCUAGAGUACUUUAAAGUACUGUGAAUAGAUUUUAUUCUUUGGGAUUGACAGGCACAUUAGAAGAAUCUGUGGAGACAGGCAGUGGUGUCCUCAAAAGGAAUAGGAAUUCUGCACUAAGUCACUGUUCCAGUAGCAGAAGCAGAAACUUGUUUCUUUCCUUUGAGUGGCUUGCAGACUUGGUAGCUAGUGGACCAUGAAGUGCCCUCUCCAUGUUGCUUUGCCCUAGGAUCCCUCCUAUCAGAGUGGUUUUGCCUCUGAAAGUGUAAACUUGUUUACCAGUGUACAUAAUGCAAAAAACUAGUCAUGACAAAAUCUGGACUUGCAGUUCUGUCACUGCCCCCUAGUAAGUGUCGUGAAAUACAGUACUGAUUUUUUUUUUUUUUUUUUUUUCCCCUCAAUCCUGGUGGCCUGGAUAGUUGGUAAUUAUUUACAUUUUCUGGUAUGGAAGUCCUGGUCUGUGAGAUUUGUGUUGAGGGUGGUAGCUGUAUUUAUGAAAGCUCUGGCAUAAGAAUAUAAUUUGAGGAAGCUUGUGUUAUCCCACACAUUUCAGAAUAUAUUUCUACAAAAAUCUCUUCCUGUGUGUAAGACUAUUAAUACUAUUAAUAGAAUGUUGAUAAAUUCAAGAGAUCAAAAUUAUUGAAUGUUCAACAGUAACAAUUUUCUGUGGCUGGAUUGGCAAAUGAGCUCAUCGAGUUCAGCUGGAGCAUCCUGAGGUCUGGGAGGUCCUUCCAUUAAAACCAAAAAACCCUGGGAGCUUCUUUAUUGAAGAAUCAGUGUUAUAACUGCUUCUCUAUGUCAUGUGUUAACAUUUCUAUAAAUACCAGUCUCAGACUACCCUCAAUGUGCAUUUCCUUUUUCCUUAGUUCCUUUAAUAAUCAGUUGUGUUCAAGGACAACAUGCAAGUCUCUGGAUUUUUUUUUUACUUGGUUUAAAUUAAGAAAUUGCAAAGUGAAAUGUUGCACUUAAUUGUUUUGCAGUGCAGCAAAAUUCUGGGAAGAAAUAUAAAUUAAAAAUCUGUACUCUGUAUGAGGAAGAAACAUCAUAGUUUUAUGACCAUGUCAUGUAAAAUAGGAAUGUAACAAUGUUAACAGAUUGCAAAGUAAAAAAAAGUGUGUGUGGGUAUUGUGAUCUGCUUAAAAGUAGGUGUUGCUCUGUUCUGGCUAUAUAGUUGUAACCUACAGUUGUGCCUUAUUGUCCCAGUGAGACUGGAUAUUGUAUUUAUCAAUCCGUAAAUAAACCCUCCACUGUAUAAAAAAAACCCAAACACCCAAAUGAUUCUUGUAUAGUAACUGACUACCCUUUAAUGAUUCAAAUACCAUAGAACAGUACUAGCAGGCCUUACAGAUAUUUUUUUUUUUCUAUCUGAGCUUGUUUUCAGAGUUAUUUGUAAUCUUUAAUUCUGCUGGUAGAGUGGAAGAAACUAGUGCGAAAUGAGAAGAGGACUUGCACUCAUACUACUGCACUGUGGAUCCUAUAACGAGCUUUACACCUCUCCAUGGUUUCAAACUAGGCUCUUUUUUCCCUUCCCAAAAUCUUGAAGUGUUCUAAUUAAAGGGUAUGUAACACCAA